UCCUGCUUCUGCCUAAUAAUAAAAAUAAUUGAAACCAGUGCAAAUCGAGACGUUAAACAGGCGGUGUUGGUCGCUGGUUUGGUCGUGUCGUGUUAUGUUUUUUGUUUUACUUUGCCGUUUAAAUCGUUUUGAAAUUGUAUAUGAAAAGAAAAAAAAAAAAGACAAAAAAAUAUAUCUACAGAAAAAGAGAAAUUCCAAGAAAUAUAAAUUGAAAAUUAUUUAAUUAAACAAAAAGUACGUGACCCGCAUAUUAAAAAAUAAAAUUGAAAAGAAAACAACAAAACUACAUUUCCUUUUGCCAUGUAUGAUGGAGUGGAGUGUGAAUAAAAACGCCCCGAAAAAAAUAAAUGAAUUAAAAGAUAAACAAAAUCAACGGCAGCGGAUAUAAAAUGCAGCAACAACAAAAUUAAAGCCAGACAAAAACAAAGAAAGAAAAGUAAAUUUAAUAAAGCCAAACAAACAACAACAACUACUAACUAGCAAAUAAAUUACAAAAAGAAAGAGUGCAAUUUUCUUCUUUACACUUUUUUAUUACAACAAGAAAAAUGCGAAUAAAUUAUUACACAGGUGUGGAACGCGUAUAAAGAGAAGAAACAAAACUGAAAACUAUGUAAAAAAUGCUAAUAGAUAACUACCUAUAAGGAACUAAUAAACACACAAAAACAAAACAAGAAGCUAAAAAUCAAGUAUUUUUCCAAUGCAUUAUUUAUUGUAAGAAUAAACCCAAGUAAAAAUUAACAACAACAAUUUAUGUGCCAUAAUUGAAAAAAAAAAACUAAAAUUAAAGAUUUAGGUAUAACAAAAAAUAAAUAUAAAUCACAUAUUAUAUACCUACAUAUUCCUAAAGAAAAAAAAAACAAAACAUAAAAGCUUUAACAAAAAUUAUUUAUAAAAAAUAUAUACCUACCAACAUAUAUUUAUUUUAAUAUUAAAGAAAAUUAAAUAUAAAAAAACAUAAAGCAAAACAAAGGAAAAUCGUUAAUCUAACUACAAAAAAAAACUUAACUACUUAACUGAGACAAAGGUGUCAAAAUUAUAACACCAGUAACGAGAACAAGCAGCAAACCCCCUCGAAAAAAAAAAAUAACAAGAGAAAGAAAAGAGAACUCAUCACAGCUUCUCUCACUUACGGCAAAACAGCAAAAAAGAAAAAAAACAAAACCAACAAAUUUGACAAAGUGUAAACAUUGUAUUCAUAACAGUAUUAUUAACACAUAACCCCCCCCAACAUCACUUUGCCAACGCCAUCAUCUGAACUCGGAGCAUUAACGCCGCCGCCAACAACAACAACACAACCACCACCAUCAACAUAGAGCUAUUUAUUCUGUGUGUUUGUUGCUUCAUACUCAUCACCGCAAAUCACUCUGACAACUGUAAACAUCAACAACAAAAACAACUGCUACUCACCUAACAGCUGUUGAGCUGUUGUUUAUCAACGACAAAAAGAGCGUCCCCCCAACCAAGAAGACUUGGACUUGGCAAAAAAAGCGAGAGUGUUUUUAACACCAUCACCAACCAUUGUUAUUGCUGUUGACAUCAUCAUCAUCAUCGCCAUCAUCCUCGUUCGUCAUUCUUGCAGUGGAGAUAAUACAACAACAAGGGCUACUGACGACGACUACACCCAGUGAAACGACAUUUCUUUACAACCUCGAAUAGCAACACAUUACAUUGUUACAACGCCAGCCGAGAGAAAAGUCAUAGACCCCCCACAUGAACACAGAGAGUAAAGUGAGAAGAGAAAACAAAAAGAAAAAAACCAACCCCACACACACACACCAUAGAUUUGUGCGUGUGCAUGUUUGAACCGUCUGGCUUGAUUCGUUUAACACAUAACAGCUUCGGUACUGUGUGUCGUGACUCCUUCGGCGGCAGCAACAACUACAACAACCACGACUACCCUUUAACACAUGAAACAAACACACACAAUCGAGUUGUGUACGGUUUUCGUGGUCUUUCCAUUCGUUCGUUAGGUGUUCGUGUGCGUUAGGUCUUUUCCUGUUGUGUGACGUAGUCAGUCAAUCCCCAUUGUUUUGUCCCAAAGAGAGGAAGGGCCAAAUCGUACUGUGUUCUUUUUUUUUUUUUUUUUGAUUUGGACUGUGGAGUGUGUUUUGUUAAGUUAGUUGUGAUUUGAAAUUCUUUAACAUGUGGAUUUGUGUGUGAUUGUCUGUCCUUCCGGAUCAGCAUUGAAGACGGAACCUGAAAAAAAAAACAUUUAUAUGCCUCCAUCCCAUACUGUGUAUAUGUCUAUGUGUGUAAUCUGUGUGAACAUUUACCAAACGAGACAUCAACACUCAGCUUGAAAGCAAAAUAAGAAGAAAAUCUGCCAACAAAAAAGCAGCAUUUAAGAACUCACUAACCCACAUACAAAAAAAAAAAAAAAGAAGCACAAAACAAGCUAAACAGAGAACAACAGAGAAACUGACUGCCACACUCAACCAAGCAGACUGGCAAACCAACAACAAACAGUAGCUACCACACUAGAGGAGGAUAUCAUCAGGCACUUGCUUGCUUGUCAGUUUGGCUGUGUGUGAAAUUGUGCAAAGAAGGAAGUUGAAAUAAACAGAGGAGAGAAACAACAACACGACAAUAUCAAAACAAAGCUUCACGCGGUUACAACGUCAUUGGUGUUUCCCAAACGUUUGUGGGCCAAAAGCGUAAAAAAAACUCGAACACACAAGUCAGACGGGCAGACAGACAGACUAAGGCAAAGCGACCUUGGUAAACACAAACAAGAGCCGCCGCCGUCACUACCAUCGCAUCACCACCACCAACCACCACCUGUAAGCCAACAGCUUGUGUGGGUCAUCAAAUAGCAACAACAAGAAGAAAAAGCUUGCGGAUUUCGUUUUUUCUGUCUUUUUGUUUGUAUUCGUAUCUUUAUCCCUCAAAAUGUCCUGCAUCUCUAGUAAUUUCAGCUCAUUCUUCCUGAAUUCCCUCAAUGAUCCAUCGGAAUUUUCAAAAUACCUAAGCAAUGGCGAGUUGAGAUUUUCCUCAUUUGAGGAUUUUCAAGUUUACAACAAUAGUUCGCCACAACAAUACCAGCAACAACAACAGCCCCAGCCACAUUAUCACAUGAAUGGCACAGAUGUGGCUACCGAUGAUAAUAAUUCGAAUUUGGAAAAUACUCAGCCGCAACCUGGACAACAUUAUGCCGGAGGCAGCUAUCAGCAACAACAGCAGCAUCCGCAACAGGCCCAUGCCAGUAUGCAUGCUCCCCAUGGCGUGGGUAAUUCAUCUACACAUCCCUUAAUGCAUCUACAACAACAUCAACAAAGAUGGACUCCCCAUGCCCCAGCAAAUGGGCCACAUCAUGGCGGGGCAGCUACUACCGGCUCGACUGGACAUCAGCAACAGCAACAACACUUUGAUGGUUCCUUUGAAUUUAUGAAGUAUUUACGUCACUCCAACGAAUACAAUGAAACCAAUGCCCAUGACCCAAAUCAGCGUUUGUCCUCCCACCCUCAUCAUCAUCAUCAGCCACAUAAUGGCAAUGCUUCCAGUGGUGCCGUUGGCGGUCCUGGACCAACAGCCAUUGGCACCAAACCUGAACCAUCCCUAAAUGCCAACAAUUCCAGUCUUAUCGAUUUGGAUACGACACCCCAUAAAGUUUCACGUUCCUCGCGCAAAACUCCCGCCAACAGCAGUAACUCGAACAGCAGCAACAGCAAUUCGACAAGUAAUCAUCAUCCACCCACACCCAUGGCAGUGGAUGUCUACGAUCAUGAUUCCAAACAUAUGCUGUACGAUAUGCAUCACAUGAAUUCGGCCCACAGUUCCAAUUCCAAUGAAUCUUCCAUGGAGUUAUCCUCGCUGACGUAUCCCAAUUCCCAUUUGAAUGCUUCCAAUUCGAAUACUUCCUCCGAGGGUGGGGGCAACACUCAAGGUCACAGUGACUUUUCUAUGCUGGGUGUUGGUGGUGCCGGCGCAGGCUCCUCCACAACAUCAUCAUCAUCGGGCAAUCCCGAUGCCGCAGCCGCCUCACCUGCGGCGCCCAAACCUUUGGCCACAUUCACCAUUGUUGAGAAUUUCGAAGCGCAUCCCUCGCACAAAGUGGAGGAGGGCAUAUUCCAGCACAUGAACAAAUUGCCAACCAAGAAGAAAGAGAAUCUCAAACAGUUGGGUGUACGUUUUACCGGUCAAAUGACACUCAACGAUAAAUCGAUAAUUGUGGAGAACUUUAUUAAAUUCUGUCAGGAAUAUGAUAUACAAGAUCAUCGACCGUUUCUAUCACUCAAUCAAAGUGGCCUAAAUAAACCUGAUCAAAUAAAAUUUGCCCGCUAUCUUGGACAAGGUUUACCAACGUUUACAUUAUUUUGCAUUUAUAGUAAUUUUAAAAAUUUGUUUUGCACAAAACGUACCGAGAACUACACAAAGGAUGGCUAUAAUUUGCCUUAUAUUUUAGAGAAAACUAAGAGCUUCCUAGCAAACACUGCAGCGGAUCUGAAAAAUAUUCUCAAUCAACAGUCAAAUGACAGCAUGGAUUUCCUUGUGGCUCCGGCAUCUACAACAGGGACGACAUCGGCAACCAUCGCACCAACAAGUGGAUCAGUGACAACAUUGUCCUUAAAUCUAAAUAAUAACAAUGGCCAUACCAAUGGCCCCCUGAAUGUGUUACAACCACCACCUUUGAUACCAGCACAGUCACAGCAGCAACAACAACAACAUCCCACAACAUCUACCCUUAUGGACUUUAAUCAGAACAGUAACCAAGCAAUGUUGCCACCAACUGCAAUCAAUGGACCACAGCCAGCCCCAACCAGACCUCUGGAAAAUCUUAUGAUCUUCGAUAAUUUCGAUGUUCAUGAGACGCAUCGCAUUGAGGAUGGAAUUUGUACCCAAUUGUCCAGGUUACCACCCAAAAAACAGGAAUUACUAAAACAGUUCGGUAUUCAAACAAAUCAGACUGUAACGUAUUAUGAAAAGUAUAUUCUCAUCGAAAAUUUCAACAGAUUUUGCAAUGAAUAUAAGGUGGCCGAUCAUAGACCCUUUUUGGAUUUAUCGGAGAGCGGUUUACCCAAGUCCGAACAACUUAAGUUCAUACGGUAUCUGGGACAGGGACUACCCAAUUUGACAUUAAACAAAAUCUACUUGGUUUUCAAGGACAUCCUAGGCUUAAGCAGAAUAGAAAAAAUGGCCAUAGAGGGCUAUAACUUAGAUGCAAUAUUAAAAAAGAAAAAGCGUAAUUUAUACAAUAGAAUGACAGCAGCAGCAGUGCACAAAGAAUGUAAUCCAGAUGCCAAUACACCCGCAUUACCAACAACAGCAACGGCAACCAUCGCGAAACCAUCAUCAGUUCCAGUGGUAGCAGCUAAUAUUAUGCCAGCACCGGCAUUAACACCUGUCUAUCAACAGGAAUCGUAUAAAACUUAACGUUGGUGUUCAUUUUUGAAUAAUUUUUUUAAAUAUUUAAUAAUUAAAUAUCUAAUUGUUAUUUAAAUGAAUUCCUCCUCCUCCUUCCCCCAGUUUGAAGCAAACUUUCCGGAACUGGACCAGUAACUGUUGUGUCUUGAAAACGAUGAAGCAAAAGAAACAAAACAAAAUUAAUUAAUUAAUGUAUUUAGACAGACGAAGAAUGUGAACAAAAAUAAUCUUAAAAAAUUAAGGACUUCAGAAUCAACAUUAAAGUUAUUGAAAAUAAGAAACUCCAAACUAAUCAAACAAAGUGCUAAAUUAAAAAUAAAAACUUUUUCAAAAGAAAUGAAAUCAAAAUUAAAGGGAAUAAUAAAUUACUAUUGAAUAAAGAUCAAAUCGAAACAUUGAACAAAAUUAAAGAUUUAAAAAAUCUUAGCUAAUUGAGUAAUAUAUGAUUAUAUAAUGAAACACCACUUUAUGUUGUGCCAAACAAAAUUUCAUUCAGUUUAACAUUUUUUAAAGAAAAAAAAAUAUACCAAAUACUCGUAUUGUGACUGAAUUCCAUUAGAACAGAAAACAGCUGAUUAAAAAUUAGCUGACCAAACUUUAAACUGACAAAAUUCUCAUAAUUAGGUCUGCCUGGGUGCCUAAAAAUCUUAACAAUUGUUAUUGGAAGUCCUCUGUUAAUACUAAAGUGCAUCUAAAGAGAGACACUUGAGAGAGAAAUUUUGAUAAUUCUUUUACAGAGAGUUUGUAAAUUCUUGCCGGACCAAUGUCUGUUUGUAAACAUUUGCAAAUUUUCUUAUAGCGUAUUUAUACUAUUGAAGAUAAAACCACUGGGUUUAAUAGAUUCAGUGGUUUAAUACACCCUUACAUGACAGAAGAAUACAGAUAGAUGCAUUAACGCUUGGAAGCAUUGACAGUUCAAUGUCCCAGCAGCCUAUAUUCUUCUACCAUGCACCCUUAGCAGAAUAUAAAUAUCACUCAGCCGAUGUUUAUUUACAUUUACUUGUGUACAUCUACGAAAAACUUGUGUAUCAAACCAGUAAGGAAAAGUCGAAAGUCGGGCGGGGGCGACUAUAUGAUACCCUACACCACUAGGCAUGUUUAAUAGAGCUCCCAUAAAAAAUGAAUUUAUUUGAAGUAGAUCAUACCACCUAUCAACAACCGAUUUCCACCAAAUUUGAUGUACUAGAAGCAAGUGAAUUCGAUGACUGAAUUCGGUUGGAUGUACCAAAAUUCAGGACUUUCGGACAGAUAUACGCCUUAUGCAGGGUGAGAUAAAAAACUGCAACAAAGUCAAACGCCAUUAUUUUUACAUUUUUUUUUUAAUUUUGUUGAAUGAAAGCAAAAAAUGUCGGAAAUAGCAUCAAAUGUUAGAAUAAGUUUAGAUUUGUUCGAAUUGGACACCUUUGGCACGAAUUAUAGCCCUCAAACGGACAAUGAAACCGUCACACGCUGCCCGAAAGUUGCUGUGGGGUAUUUUGGUCCAUUCCCGACGAAGCUUUUGCUUGAGAUGAUCGACACUUUGAUAUUUUUAGUGCCAACCUUGCUUUCCAAAAUACUCCAGACGCAAUAGUCCAACGGAUUGGUAUCCGGAGAUUUUGGUGUCCAUUUUGCGCUGAAGCGAGGAACCUCAUUUUGUAACAAUUCUUGGGUGGCGCGUGCUGAGUGCGAUGGUGCUGAGUCCUGUUGGAAUGUCCAAGGUCUGCGGACAAAAUGUUUGCGUGCCCAAGGCUUUAAUACACCCUCCAGAAUAUUUUCGCGACAAUAUUCGGCAUUUAUUCUGAUGUCACGGACGAUUAACGCGAGCGGAGAGCCACCAUCGGCUGUUAUGGCGGCCCACACCAUCACCGUGGCCGGCGCUUGAGUUUUGGUGGCCAACUGAAGGUGCACAUUUUCAGCUGACCUCUUUGGCACGUAAAUACGAUCAUUUUGUUUGUUUACAAACUGCCGGACAACGAAUGUUUUCUCAUCGGAGAAAACCAAAUUCGGCAGUUCAACCAAAGAGAAAACCAAAAUACCAGUAUCACGUUAACGAGCGAUGGUACGAAACACAAAAGAUGUAUCCACAUUUAAAUGCGGGAGUGAUCUAACGAUAGCCACUUGUGGUUUUCCAGCCAAAUAUAAAGAAGUCACACUAUCACGCUUGAAUUACAUCAAUAAUAAUUUUUUCUGGAAAAUUCUCACCAAAAUGCUUCUGUAGCCUGAAAUUGGUUGCAGUUUUUCCAUCUCACCCUGUAUAUGGGAGCUAUAGCUAUAUCUGAACCGAUUUUCACCAAAUUUGAUGCACUUCCUUCUAGACAGAAUUCGGUCGGAAGUGCCAACAUUCAGGUCAUUUUGACUGAUAUUGGCCAUUUGGUGCACAAUUAACCCGAAAUCGGUUGAAGAUUUAUAUGGGAGCUAUAUCCAAAUCUGAUCCGAUUAUCACUAAUUUCGAUCGUCUUUGGCCGAACAAAUAUUGUUCGGAAAAUUUCAUCUCAAUCGGAUAAUUUAUGCGACCUGACAUUCAUAAAUCGAGUCAGAAGGUGAUUAUAUGAAGAUCCUCAAAAGUAGCUGUGGGUCCAUCGCGCUUCCUUCUCCAUGUUACAAACAAAUGCACAAAGACAUAAUACCCUUACUGCUAUAUGGUGUAGGGUAUAAAAACCUAAUAUAUGGGGUAUCAAAGAUUCCGUGCCGGAUUUAAAAUAAAAUAAAUAGAGAAGAUAUAUUUUUGUUUGGUAAAUCUGUUUAAACAAAUCCAGUUUAAAGAGUAAAUCCUGAUAAUGUGGGUUAAUCUGGAUAACAUUUUGUAUCUAAACCCGCUAUAAGAAUUCCAAGACAAAGGGUAAUAUGAGAAACAAUAUCGACAGUCACAAAUCGGUAGACAGUUAAUGUUAAUUUUUUUAAUUAAACCAUAAUUUUGUAUCUCAAUUUUCAUCCGCAAUUGAUUUGACACACAUAGCACAAGACUUUCCUCUUCUAUACUGAAUUAACCGAUGUGUAAGUAUUUGCAGGCAUUGUAUAAUGAUGUAAUCAAAAACAAAAACUUCUAGUUCCAAUUAAGCAUUGUUAUAAAUAAAAGAAAUGAAAAAACACCAUAACAUAGUAAAAACCAAAAUUAAAAAUAAAAUACUCAAAAAUAAAAACUAAAAAAAAGUAGCUAUAAGAAAUACCUAUACAACCAAAUGAUUAACAUAAUAUUCCUAUAUACACACAGAACUCUAAAAUGACAAAAGAAAAGAAAUUAUGAAAUAACUUUAUCUUUUUAGAUAUACAAUUAAAAAAAUUAUUAAAUAUAAAACAAAUAAGAAUUAUAUAUACAUACAUUAUGCCAUAUAAGAACUUCAAUGACAUGUCUUAAAGAAAAAAAAAGAGUAACCGCAAUCAAGAAACGACAAAACUUCCAAAUGAUAUAGCGCAGUGUAUUCAGGAUACGUGGUCAUGCAAUGGAAAAGGAAAUUACAUUUUUAGAUACACAACUAACUAGCAUAUACCUAUAUUAACUAAAAGUAUAUAUAUAUAUACAUAUAAACAUAUGGAACUUUAGGAACAACAAAUACAAACCUAACCAAUAAUAGUACGUCAUAUUACUACAACCACUACAGAUACUAUGCAUAAUAUUAUAAUUAUUAUAUAAAUUCAGUAAAAAUAUUCCUUAUCCAUACAUAUAUACAACCAACAUAUACAUAAAUAUAAAUAUUUAAGUAAUUAUACGUAUUUAUUUGACAAGCCACAAAACACACUGAAAUACCAUGCAACAAGA